GAUGCACCACCACAUGUGCGCAUCACUACUGGCAGCACAAGAGUUGCAUCAGCACACCAAAAGCGAACCUCUGACCGGCACGAUGGAUGGGCAACAUAAAGACAGACGAAUGACUCAUUUGUGGAUAUUGACGUUACUUAUAUUUGUCUAACCCCUAGCACUGGAUAACUCGGGCUUUUUUCAACUUCUUCUGGAUACGGAUUGCAGAGCUGGAUCUUGUCCUUACAGGCUUUUAAAGAAGGAUUAUAUUUAUUAUCAUCACUUUAUUCUAAGCACUUCAUCUUCCCCGUCACCAUCACUUGGAAUAGGAGCGUAUUUUGUGGGAGGACAACUUGAUUUUCAAAGGAUACGCACAUCAAACUCUAAAGGAUGGCCGUUUGGUUCACCUCUAUCCUCGCAAUCAUUAUAACAUUACUUACUCAGGUUCUGGGAUCAGGUGUGUUCGAAGUAAAUCUCCAUCAGUUUCAGAAUACCAGAGGUUUGCUGGCAAAUGGACUUAGCUGCGGCACGACUGGCUGCAGGACUUUUUUCAGGGUUUGCUUGAAGAACUACCAGACGGUGGUAUCUCCCGGGGACUGUAUUUUGGGCACAGUCACCACACCUGUCCUGGGCACCAACUCCUUCAGCAUCCAGCAGGAUGGCAGGCUGCGUCUGCCGCUCAACGUCACCUGGCCGGGUGCUUUCUCGUUACUCAUUGAAGCCUGGUAUUCUCCUGCAUCGGAUCUCCCUGGAGAUACCACCAACCCUGAUUUCUUGAUUAGUUCUUUUGCCAUCCAAAAAAAGUUGGGAAUAGGGCAUGAGUGGUCCCAGGUCGCGCUGCCCGGGACGCAGACGGAGCUAAGGUACUCAUACCGGUUCAUCUGCAAAGAAAAUUACUACGGGGACACUUGUAACAAAAGAUGCGCUCCGAGAGACGACCAUUUCGGCCACUACACCUGCAAGCCUGACGGGCAAAUAGACUGUCUACCAGGAUGGAAGGGAGAAUACUGCCAAGAACCAAUCUGUCUUGAGGGGUGCAGUGAAAGGAAUGGAAAUUGCACAGUACCUGGAGAGUGCAAAUGCAGAGAGGGCUGGCAGGGCCUCUUUUGUGAUGUGUGCAGACCCCACCCGUCCUGUAAACAUGGCACCUGUGAGGAGCCGUGGCAGUGCACGUGCAAGGAAGGCUGGGGAGGCCUCUUAUGUGACCAAGAUCUGAAUUACUGCACCCAUCACAAACCCUGCGCCAAUGGGGCCACGUGCAUGAACACGGGACAGGGCAGCUACACAUGCACCUGCCUGCCAGGCUUCACUGGGGUCAACUGCGAUUCCGAGGUCAGGGAAUGUGACAGCCAGCCCUGUCGGAACGGAGGCCACUGCCUGGACACUGAGAACGGCUUUAGGUGCUCAUGCCCGCAGGGGUUUGAAGGGCCACGCUGUGAGCACCCGAUGCUGACCUGCGCAGAUACGCCCUGCUUCCAUAAUGGGAAAUGCAAAGACAAGGAUAACGGGCAAAGCUACAUGUGCGAGUGUCCAGUGGGCUACACCGGCCUCAACUGUGAGAAAAAAGUGGAUAAAUGUACCUCACUGCAGUGCGCUAAUGGUGGACACUGUGUGCUCCUCGGUAACAGCCCACUAUGCAGCUGUCUCUCGGGCUUCAGGGGAUUGCGUUGCGAGAUCAACAUCAACGACUGUGCCACGAACCCCUGCGCCAAUGGCUCCACCUGCAUAGACCGCAUCAACAGCUACACCUGCACCUGCCCGCCAGGGUACACGGGCCGCCACUGUGAUAAUCCUAUAGACCGCUGUGCCUCUCAUCCCUGUAUGAAUGGAGGGACUUGCACCAUCGGAGCUAAGGGCGAGCCUGCCUGCAUCUGCCCUGCCCAUUACAGCAGCCCCCAGUGCCAGACCUCAAACAUGCAAGUAGACCCCAGCACCAAAAAGAGCUGGGAGCCCGGUGAGACGCUGAGCUGGGCAGCCAUCAGCCUGGGCGUCGGCCUGGUGGCUCUCCUGGUGCUGCUCUGCAUGGUGGUGGUCAUCCUUCGACACAUCAGGAAGCAGAGAAACAGGGAGCAGGACUCAGAGACCAUGAACAACCUCUCAAAGGCAGACUUCCAGAAGGAGAACCUUAUUUCCACUCUAGAGCUCAAGAACACCAACAAAAAGAUCGAUUUGGAGGUGGACUGCCCCAGGGAAAAGUCCAACUGCAAACACAUCAACCACUACCACCUGGACUACAAAACCUCCAAAGGGCACAAGGGUGAACUGUCUCUUUUGGACAAAGAUGAAAACUGUGAAAAGACAAUAGAAGACAAAAUGCCAAUGAGUAGAAUGUACAGUGGAAGACCAGAGUGUAGAAUAUCAACGAUAUGUUCUUCCAGAGAGUCGAUGUACCAGUCUGUGUUUGUAAUAGCAGAGGAGAAAAACGAAUGCGUCAUAGCAACUGAGGUAUAAUAAAUGGAAGAUAGUUGUCAUUCUGAACAUUGGAUGUCUUCUGGACUGUUUACAAGUGUAGAGAAACUGGGAUUUAUUUAAAUGCAACUUGCUGCUCUUGAAAACUUGAUAACUGGAUGGAGCCUGUGUGCUCUUCGAAUGCAAUAGGACUCAAGCUACUACUUUUUGUUAGAAUGUAAAGACUGAAAAAAAAAAAAAAAACUGUGGGAAAUAAUGAGCAAAUCUGACGUGCGGACACACGCCUUUGAUGUUUUCAAUUCAGACCCAUGUCUGGUCCGUCCAAGUUCAUCCAAGGGCAGCAGGCCUCGAUUUAUGCCUGCAUGUUGAUUACUAGAAGAGGACUAUGUUAUCGUACUCCUCUCCACCUUAUUGCGAUAAUCAGCAAUCAACAAAUCAACUUACUGCCAACAAACCUGUGGAAGGAGCCGACCAUUUUCAUUUUCAGUGGCCUGGCUAUGCGCUAUGCAAGCAACAUGAGCGUUGUGCUAAAUUAAAAAAAGUGACAAAAAAAAAAAAAAAAACUACUGAAAGCGGUUCAUUUUUGAAGAACAUCCAAGGCAUGUCAGUUUUGUAAAUCCUUUCGAUAAAGAAUGUAUGCAGCCCAGAUCACAAAGCCUUAUCUAUGGGUUUAAAAACAACAUUGUGCCCUGCCUUAUCUUGAUUUCUUUGCACAACAAAGUGGAGAUAAUAGAAAGAAAAAAAAAAACAAAUCAAUUGAUGCAA